AUGUCGGCAAUGCAGGCAGCCAACCGGCUCCGGACGGCCUUUACCAAGGGCGCUGGCCCCAGCUUCGGGUUGUGGCAGAUGAUCCCCGGCGCCAAUGUUUCCCGGGUUCUCGCGCGGAGUCCGGGAGUGGACUGGGUUCUGGUGGACUGCGAGCAUGGAAACAUUGACGGUAAAGGCUUUGAGGCCUUCAUCCCUGGUUGA